AUGUCCGUCUCGCCGGUGAAGCGCCAGAGGAUGGAGUCCGUGCUGGACCAGCUCAAGCAGUUCACCACUGUGGUGGCCGACACGGGCGACUUCAACGCCAUUGAGGAGUACAAACCCCAAGAUGCCACCACAAACCCCUCCCUGAUCCUCGCCGCAGCUCAGAUGCCCACCUACCAGGACCUGGUGGAGGAAGCCAUGGCCUAUGGGAAGAAGCUGGGAGGGUCCCAAGAGGAACAGGUAACAAAUGCUGUCGACAAGCUGUUUGUGUUGUUUGGAGCAGAGAUCCUAAAGAAAAUUCCAGGGCGUGUGUCCACAGAAGUGGAUGCCAGACUCUCCUUCGACAAGGACGCCAUGGUGGCUCGUGCCCGGCGCCUCAUCGAGCUCUAUAAGGAAGCUGGCAUCAGCAAGGACCGGAUCCUCAUCAAGCUUUCGUCCACGUGGGAAGGAAUCCAGGCUGGGAAGGAGCUGGAGGAACAGCAUGGCGUGCAUUGCAACAUGACACUGCUCUUCUCCUUCGCCCAGGCCGUGGCCUGCGCCGAGGCAGGGGUGACGCUCAUCUCCCCCUUCGUGGGCCGAAUCCUCGACUGGCAUGUGGCAAACACUGACAAGAAGACCUUCGAGCCCCUGGAGGACCCGGGGGUGCAGAGUGUCACUAAGAUCUACAACUACUACAAGAAGUUUGGCUACAAGACCAUUGUGAUGGGCGCCUCCUUCCGCAACACCGGCGAGAUCAAGGCGCUGGCGGGCUGUGACUUCCUCACCAUCUCCCCAAAGCUGCUGGGCGAGCUGCUCAAGGACACCAGCAAGCUGGUGCCCACACUCUCAGCCAAGUCAGCCCAGGCCAGUGACCUGGAGCAGGUACACCUGGAUGAGAAGGCCUUCCGCUGGCUGCACAACGAGGACCAGAUGGCCGUGGAGAAGCUCUCGGACGGAAUCCGCAAGUUUGCUGCGGACUCACGGAAGCUAGAGCGUGUACUCGAGGAACGUAUGUUCAGUGCUGAGAACGGGAAGUAG